CAUGAGGUGGAGCACCGCAGCCGGGGGCAGUGCUCCGACCGUGAGAACCUGGAUCAGGCCGGGGAGUGGGCGGCGGGUGGGGUCCGGGGCGUUGGCGAGCACGUUGAUGACCACCGGCCAGCCGCCCAUGUGGGUGACCGUAUGGGCGGCGGCGUCGAAGCGGCGGAGGCAGACGUUGACGCCGUCAGCGGCAGCUAUGCCCCAGGGGAAGCUCCACCCGUUGGCGUGGAACACGGUGAGCGUCCACAGGCACCUGUGGUUCUUCGGCACGGACCAAUCGAUGAGGGAGUCCACGAUGACGAGGAAGAGGUCGCGGUGGCAGUGGACAAUUCCCUCGGGGCGGAGGUGGUGCCUAAAACUCGAACACCAUGGCUCGACCCAAUCCAAUGUUUACGUGUAAGAGAAAGAUCGGGUCUAAUUUGGGCCCGAUCCACUAAGACAUCAUUAUCUCAUACCCAGCAUUUAGGUCGGAUUCGGGUCAAUUGUGAUUAGCUCCGCGUACAAUGCAUCCGAUCCGAUAGUGCUGACGGAUUCAAUCUAAGAAUCCAUAUCUAGAUUUCUGAAUUGCGUUCGGGUUCGAUUUAGGAAUCGAAUUU